AUGGAUAAUUAAAACCUUUUUCAAUUCAAAACAAGCUUUACUCCUUCUUCACCAUUAAAAACAAGACCUCUGCCAAGUCCCUCUUUAGAUAGUCUUGAGGAAUUCAAUUUAAAUGACUUAGAAUCAGAUUCAUAAAGCUCAAGAAAAUCAUCUACUCAGAAAUUCGAUAAAUAAGUUUUAGUCAUAGAUUAUUUGAUUGAAAAACUAAGAGACUAUGAAUGA